AUGAAUAAUUCAUCUGACGAUCCAGACGAAGGAGACUACAAAUCAGAAAUAACAAUAGAAAAUAGUUCAGAUAAAUGGGGCUGGAUUACGUUUGUAGCGAUUAUGAUAGUAUUUGUAAUCGUUAUUAUUGUAGUUGUUAUUAUCUUUACCAUGUCAGAUAUUGUUACAGAAUAUGAUACCACCAAGAUUCCUUUUCAAUAUCAAUUGAGCCUGAGAAAUUUAUAUGCAAUUAAUGAUCGAUAUGAUUAUGUUAUUUCAAGUCUUCCUGAUCAUGAAUUUAAUCAAGAAUCCAACCUUACUGCUCUUCAGGAGGAUAGAUAUUUACCAAAUGGCACAAUGCACCGAGUAAUAACUGCUACUGCAUUUUACACAAAUAUAUUCUAUGUUGCCUGGGGUCCACCAAUCACCAUUAAAUUUGUUACUUCAAAUCAAACCACUUCUGAUGAUUUAAUAUCUUGUGAUUAUCAAUUCGUAUGGACUGUCAUUGUAAACGGUUACGUUAACCGAAAAUGUGAGAAUGAGUCAGAUUUCAGAACAAUCUCUUACGUUAAGGGAUCAAGUUUAUUUGGGUUUGCAUUUUAUAGUUUGGAUGAGAAAGAGGUUUAUGCAUAUACUACUAUACCGGAUUUAGCUGUUUGGGAUUAUUUUAGAAG